AUAUAAAAAAAAAACAUCAGAGUGUGUACCAGAUUUGGACACACGAAUCCGAAGAUGUUUGGUUUGCUUAAGGCACCGCGCACGUUCUACCAAGCCGCGCUCCUGGUGUGCGUGUCAGCGGCAUCGAACAGCGGGCGAAAUGUCACCGACUCCGGCAGCACGAAAACCGUCAUCUACAUGGGCGGAUUCUUCGCUUUUCCGGAGAAUCCAUUUUUAGCCACUCACCCUGGGAUUGUGCAGACAGCCAUUGACCACGUCAACAGCUUGGAGGGAAUCCUUGACGACUAUCACCUCAGAAUGAAAUGGAACUGGACAGGGGCAGAUGACCCCGAGAGGGCGUUAGAAGUCCUCUACUCGUAUGUGCAAGAGGAGCCUCCCGUUGUCAUCGCACUUGGACCUCAUCACUUAACGCAAGCAGCCAUAGUCAACCAGGUUGCGGCGAGGUACAACAUCGUCCAGAUGGGACAGACAGCAGACGAAACCCUGACGGAUCGAGACCGGUAUCCCUACACAGUCCAGACAUUACCUAAUUAUGAUGGCAAGCUCUUGGCUGGAGCGGCCUUCUUUCGGCGGAUGGGAUGGAGGCGUGUCGCCUUCAUCUUCGAGGAGCACAUUUCCUUUCAGAGUCACACGAGGGACUUUCGGAAGAUAUUAGAAGCGAAUGACAUUCAGGUAGUGGCAUCAGAAGGGAUCAAAGACAUCGCCAACCUGGACCUCCAUCUCCAAAAUCUCAAGGUUGGAUCUUGA